AGCUCCAGAAGCGGCUCGCCGCGAGUGUCCUCAAGUGCGGGCGGGGCAAGGUGUGGCUCGACCCCAAUGAAGUCAGCGAGAUCUCCAUGGCGAACUCCCGGAAGCGCAAGGGCACAAGAGAAGCUAGGCUUCUGACUAAGAUACUGCAUAUGGUAACCAUUUCCGACAAGGACGAGAUUAAAUUGAGUAAAAAUAGUUUUUUAUGAAGUGACAAAUAAUAAUAAUCCCAAGUGAGGUUUGCAAAUAAGUGAGUGUUUGAUAAUCAUCUUUUUGUUAAUGCCUAGAUUAUAAAUAGAAAAAGAAUGACUAAUUAGUUGCAUGGAGUGAUAGUAAGGAUGAUUUGUUUAUCAACUUUUCCAACGUCACCAACAAAACACAAAUAAAGCAUUUUAGUUUUAUAUUUUUUCUAAAAAAUAGAUUUAUAAAUGAAUAGUUUAGAUAUAUUGAAAUAAAAUUUAGAUAGUAAAAUAGGGAUCAUAAAUAGUAAUAAAAUAUUAUAAUCGUUCCCUUAGAUAUGUGUUUUUGGGCCGGUUUGCUGAAUCGACGGGUCGACCCGACCCAUUUGUGGAUCCCUAAAUCGGCCAUUCAAAACCCCAUCCAAAAACCCUCAUGUCGUCCUUCCAUAAGUUAAUCCGCGUCGGAAGAGCUCUCUCCUUCGAUCGCUCAUGGCGGUCAUGGGGGAGGUUGGCGGAUCCAAGAAGAGGAAGCGUGAGCCCUCAGCGGCGAAGGGAGGGGGGAAGCCCAAGUUGAUGCAGCUUAAGAACGCUGCCUCGAAGCCGGCGAAGCUCAAAACGCAAGGCUUCAAGAAGCCGUCCAAGGCGUUCGAGUUAAAAUCGGGAAAGCCCACCAAGGCCGGCGAUGAGGCCACUGUACAGGCGAAGAAGGAGCCUAAGACCUCAAGGGAGAGGCGCUUGGCUGCCAAGGAAAUGGCAGAAACAAGGAAGAAGAAGAGGAAACCAAAUUACAACCUUGAGAAAGAGCUUGCUUCAUUGUGGGAAAAAAUGAGAUGUUACAACGUUGGCAAACAAGCGAGAUCCGAGCUUGUAAGUGAAGCCUUACGUAAGAUGAAUGGGAAGUUUGUGGAGAUUGCAGGCUCUCAUGUUGCGGCACGUGUUCUUCAAACGUGUGUCAAAUAUUGUACACAAGAAGAAAGAGAUGCUGUCUUUGAGGCUCUUCGGCCUCAUCUUCUUGCUCUUUCACAGAAAAAGUAUGCAGUUCAUUUAGUAAAGAAACUUUUAGAUCAUGCUAGCAAAAAACAACUAGAAUGGUUCAUAUCCUCUCUACAUGGGCAUGUGACUUCUCUUCUGCGACAUUCAGUUGGAUCUGCAGUCAUUGAUUAUGUAUUCCAUUUGGCCAAUGGGUCCCAAAAGCAAAUCCUUUUGAUGGAGAUGUACUCUACAGAGCUUCAAUUAUUUAAGGACCUGACCUUAACAAAUUCAGGCAGGCUGGUGGAUAUAAUUUCUAAACUUGGACUACAAAAAUCAUCUGUGUUGCAACACAUUAUGUCUGUGAUUCAGCCACUUUUGGAAAAAGGGAUUGUUGAUCAUUCCAUUAUACACAAGGCCCUCAUGGAGUUUUUCACAAUUGCUGAUAAGUCCUCUGCUGCAGAUGUGAUUCAACAAUUAUUACCUCUUCUUGUGCGAGAGUCAGCUUCUGCAGAGGAGAGUCCUCAUUUCUCAGCUCCAGAGAUGCAGAAAAAGAGGAAAAUUAAAAACAAAAAUGUGAAAGAACCACUUCUUGCUCGGAUGAUUCGCACAAGAGUUGGUCUAAAGAUCUGUAUCCUCUGUGUCAAGCAUGCAAGCGCAAAGGAAAGAAAAAAGGUUAUUAAAGGCAUAAAGGGUCAUGUCAGAAAGCUUUCACUUGAUCAACUUGGGAGUCUUUUGCUAGUUUGUGUCCUUUCGGUAGUUGAUGAUACGAAGCUUGUAACAAAGAUUGUAAUACGAGAGCUGCAAACAAUGCUGAAGGAUCUGGUAUUGGAUAAGAAUGGAAGACGUACAGUACUGCAGCUACUUCAUCCACAAUGUUCACGCUAUUUUGCAUCUGAGGAUUUGGCUUGUCUAAGUUUAUCUGUUCCUUCCCUUUCUGCACAGGUGGAAGAGACAGAGGACCCCAUGGAAGUUGGCUUGGAGCAAUGCCAAAAUGGGGAGUCUCCCAUGACAGAUAAUGAGAACAGUGAAGUUGGUAGGAAGAGUUUGCAGUUAGAUACCGGAGGCAAGAAGGAUUCAUUUCGCAGGAGAUGUGAAUUGAUGGUUGAGAGUGGGCUUGCUGAGGGACUAUUUGAAACUUGUACUGAUAACGUUGGUGAGCUACUCCGUUCAAACUUCGGCAAAGAAGUAGUUUAUGAGCUAGCUGUUGGUGGAAGUGACGGUAUCUUGCAAUCUUUUGCUGAUAGAAUGGAUGCCUUGCAUAAAGCAAUAGCUUCACUGGCAGCCCUGCCCAAUACAAAUGAGUCACAAGAGGAGCAUGUUUUGGAGAACUUCCACUCCAGUAGGCUCAUCAGGAAGCUCGUCCUUGAUUGCCCUGGUUUCGCAGCCACUCUGUGGGAAAUGGCUUUGGUUGGGAAGUGCGACGUCUGGGCUCAAGGCCACAGUUGCAAGGUGCUUCUCGCAUUCCUGGAAUCAUCGGUUUCAGAGGUUAAAGACUUGGCGAAGCCUGAGCUUCAGCCUUUGAUGGAUCGUGGUGUUCUUAAAGCUCCUGAGAAUAGGUUGGUUGAAAAAGGAGUUUGAAGCCUUCCUGCAGGUGGAAGGGUGUGAAUGCAGUUAACCAAAAAGGGUUCAUCUAUUAACCUUUCAUCAACAUGUGUACCAGCUUAAGCAGCACACAAUCUCGGCAAACUUGGAGGUCAUGAUCCAUUUCUGUAUCUGGAUUUUACUAGGAUUUAUGCCAGAUUAGAAAAAAAUUUUGUAUUAUUUCUGUGCUUUCCGAACUAAGAGAAGGAAAAAAAAAAAUCAGUAAUAUGAGAUUGUAUAUGCUAGCUACUAUCAUUGGUGUUAUUUUAUAAAUCGCAUGGCAUUAUUAUUUAUAUA